AUGGCUUCCACUUCUUCAACUCCCUCCAAGUAUGUUUUUAUUAGCUUUAGAGGCAAAGAUAUUCGUGAGGGUUUUCUCUCCCAUCUCUUUGAUGCAUUGCAGCGAAAACAAAUCAAUACCUUCUUGGAUGAAAACCUUCGGAAGGGAGAAGAGAUCUCACCUACUCUCUUGGAAACAAUUGAAGAUUCUUAUGUCUCAAUAGUUGUUUUCUCUCAAAAUUAUGCAGAUUCUCCAUGGUGUUUGGAUGAGCUUGUGAAGAUACUCGAAUGCAAGGAAACUUUAGGACAACCUAUCAACCACCUUACGGCUACCCCUGAUACUCUCUCUUCGAGGAACUCUUCUAGUCCUGCAACUCUGCAUUUGGGAGUUAGGGGAAUGAGGUCUGAAUCCAAACUAGUUGAGAAAAUAGCCAACGAUAUUUCAGAGAAAUUAAGACACGCCUCUUCAAAUGAUUCUUACAAUGAUAAUUUAGUUGGAAUUGAUUCACGUGUCAAGAAAGUGGAAUCGUUGUUAUGUAUUGAAUCAACAAAUGAUAAAAGGGUCAUAGGAAUUUGGGGAAUGGGAGGUAUUGGCAAGACAACUAUUGCUGGUGAAGUAUUUAGUCAAAUUAUGGCUAAAUUUGACGGUCACUAUUUUGUUGAUAAUGUCAGAGAGGAAAUGAGAAAGCAAAGACCAAUUGUUUUACGAGAUAAAAUCAUUCAUCAAUUGUUAGGAGACAAAAAUUUACAUAUAAACACACCUAAGUUACAUGCUUUCAUUAGGAGAAGACUUAAGAACAAAAAGGUUGUUAUUGUUUUUGACGAUGUGGAUGAUCCAAACCAUUUAAAGCUUCUAGCAGGAGAGUAUGCUUUAUAUCAUAAUGGAAGUAGAAUCAUUGUAACUAGCAGAGAUAGCUUGUAUACGUUCAAAAAAAAUCAUCCCAAGAAAGGAUAUGUGAAUAUAUCGAAGAAGGUGAUAGCAUAUGCUCAAGGCAUUCCACUGGCUCUUAGAAUUUUAUGCUCUACUUUGUAUGACAAGGAGAUUGAAGAAUGGGAAAGUGAGCUGGAAAAACUGAAAGAUAUUCCUGAUAUGAACAUUCAAGCAGUUUUGAAAAUAAGUUAUGAUGGACUAGAGCGACAUGAAAAGAGCAUAUUUCUUGAUAUUGCAUGUUUUCUAAAAGAGGAGCUUAAAGAUCGUGUUGAGAGAAUAUUAGAAGGUUGUGAUUUUUUUCCUAGAAGAGCGAUAAGUCGUCUAAUUGAUAAAUCUCUUGUGACUGAUUCAAACGGUAGGAUGGGUAUGCAUGACUUGUUACAACAAAUGGGGAAGGAUAUUGUUUAUGAGGAAUCCAAACAGCUUGGAGAACGCAGCAGGUUGUGGAAAUAUGAGGAUAUUUGUCAUGGAACUGAAAAUGUUGAAGGCAUAUUACUUGACGUGUCUGGGAAUGGAUAUUUGGAGCUAAGUUCCAUAGCCUUCACGAAGAUGUGCAAUCUUAGUGCUCUGGGAAAUUUGAAAUAUUUAGACCUCAGCUACUCUUUCGAGCUGACCAGAGUUCCAGACUUGUCAAGCGUCCCAAAUCUUGAGGUUUUAUAUUUGGACGAAUGUAGAAGCUUGAUUGAGAUUCCCAGUAGCAUUGGCAAGUUGAAAUGUCUAAAAGAAGUUACUCUCAAUGAUUCCAAAAAACUGCAUAGCAUUCCACAAAGCAUCUGCAAUCUGAAAUCUCUUACAGACCUUGAUAUCUCAUAUUGUUUGAAUGGAUUGUCAGAGAACAUAGGGGAUUUAGAAUUGUUGAAGGUCCUUUAUAUAUCUGGAAGUGGAAUAAAAACAUUACCAUCAUCCAUCAAUCAAUUGGGAAAAUUGGAAGAGUUAAGAUGUAGGGGAUGUGAAGGUUUGACAUUGCCUCCUUUGACAGGUUUGUCUUGUGUAAGAGUAAUUGAUUUAGAUGACACAGGUAUAUUAGAAAUUCCUCAGAGUCUUUGUUUUUUAGUGUCACUAGAAGAGUUAUAUUUAGGUGGAAACAAUUUUGAGAGCAUACCGGCAAGCAUUAAACAACUACACAAGUUGAACUGGCUUACAUUAAAUGGUUGCAAGAGACUUAAAUUUUUACCGGAGCUUCCAUGCUUAGAAGAGUUACAUGCAUCGAAUUGCACAUCUCUGGAAUCUGCAUCAACAUCAUUCCUUUUCCAAGAACAUGAAGAUGAAGAAGAAGAAAAAUAUCUUGACUUUCGUAAUUGCAUCAAUUUGGAUAAGGGCGUAUAUGAGAAAGUAAUGGAGGAUGUAUUGGAAACGCAUCUGUUGAAACACAAGAUUGUUAAAUUAUGUAUAGCCGGGGAUGAAGUGCCUCAAACAAUGAGAUGCAAGAACCAGAGUGGAUCUUCUCUUUCAUUCAUACUAGAUCGGCCUCACUUGAUUGGUUUAUCCUUUUGUGCUGUUUUUGAUCCCAAAAAUUGUCUUGGUGAUGAUAUGGCUGACAUUAUUUGCGAAGCCCAAUUCAUAGAUAAAUCUGGAGAUAACAGUAAAAAUUUUGAUUUCUAUUUGACGAUUUUGAAAGUUGGUCUGUCAUAUUCAGAACAUGUGUUCCUUUGGAAUGAAUUGUUCGACAUGGAACAGAGUUUCGUUGAGGCCACAUUUCAGUUCUGCAUUCACAAGGUGUCAUUCAAGCCAAUAUAUCAUGAGGAUUUUGAUUACGAGGCUAUAAUUAAGUGUGGGGUACAUCCUGUGUUUCGAGACGAUUGUCUAUGAAGAGAUAAAAAGAGAAGCAGAAAUCAAGAAGAUGAGGAAGACGAACCUUCACCUCAAAGACUGAAACAAGAACAAAACCCUUCUCAUACGCAGGAUAAAUCAUGAACCUUCUCUCCAACUAAACCAAACCAGAUUCAGAAUGACAACAGGCAAAGGAAUUUCUUAUUUGGUGUUUCAUCAUUCAUAAUUUAUUUACUCUAACAAGUACUUGUAAUCUUUUGCAGCACUACCACCACUUAAUA